ACUAUUGUUCACCACACCGCCUUUAAGAAUGUUUAAGCAUUUUAAUGAGAUGAUAAGAAAUCUUAAUAACUCUAUAAGCUAUCAGAUAACGAUUUAAAGUUUGUUUGACACUAUGUCAAUUUUUAUAUAGAUAUUUGUAUAUAUAUAUAUCAAAUAUAAAUCUUCUCUAUUUGUGAUUUAACCUGAAUUACCAUAAAAUAGAUAAGAGAUGGAAGAUACCAAACUUGAAAAUCAAAUAUCCGUUACUGUAGUAAGUUCAUUCUCAAAAGAUGGGAUGGGAUUUAACCAACAGUUAGAAAAAAGGUUCGGACUUUGGAAUACUGUAGCUUUACAGUAUUCUUUAAUCUGUUCAGGUUUAGCUAUUGGUACAUUUUUAAGUACAGUUAUUGGAGUUGGUGGAGCACCAUUUUUGAUUUAUGGAUUUAUAUUUGCAGUAACCCUUGGUUUAAUAAUAUGUUAUAGUUUGGCUGAAUUAGCUUCUGCAUUUCCUCAUUCUGGUGCCCAAGAACAUUGGUCUUAUUGUAUUGCACCUCAUAGAUUUAAGAAAGUACUUGGAUUCUCUUCAGGUAUAUUGUCCUGUGCUGGUUGGAUAUUUUCAUGUUUUAGUUCCAGUUAUGUGUGUUCUAUGUUCAUUAUAUCAUUAGUUGAAAUAUAUCAUCCAGAUUUUGUAUCUCAAAAUUGGCAUUAUUAUGUGGUAUUUACCGGCAUUACUUUACUUGCUUAUGUAUUGAAUGUCUUUUUAAUUAACUUAUUACCUAUCCUUACAAAUGUCCUUGCAUUCAUCAUUAAUAUUGGUACUUUAUUUAUUGUCAUUACCUUAUUAGUACGAGCACAUCCAAAACAAACCGUUAACUUUGUCUUUAAGGAAAUCACUAAUGAUAGUGGUUGGUCAUCUAAUGGUGUUGUAUUUUUUAUAAGUUUACUUCCUAGUAUCGUCAGUGUUUGUUUAUUUGAUGGUGCUGUUCAUAUGACCGAUGAGAUAUCAAAUCCAAAGAGAAACAUUCCUCUUGUGAUGGUCAUAGCCAAUACACUUUCAGCAGUUGUAGCAUUCAUUUGUGCUAUUAUUUAUAUGUUUUGUGUUGUCAAUGUUGAGAAUUUGAACAAUCCAGUUGGUGGAGAACCUAUUAUUCAAUUAAUGUAUGAUGCAUUCGAAUCAAAAGCAUUAACAACCAUUGGAGUAUUGUUUUUGAUUUUAUCAUUUGUAGGUUCUACAAUGCUUUAUUAUACUACUACAUCCCGAUUAUUUUGGGCUUUUGCGAAAAACAAUGGUCUUCCAUUUGGUACAUAUCUUGGCAGUGUUCAUAACACAUUGAAAUCGCCAGUAUAUUCAAUUACAUUAGUGGUAACUAUUUGUUUAAUUUUAGGAACUAUAAUGUUUGGAUCCAGUACUGCAUUGAAUGCAUUAUUGGGAAGUGCCAUGGUUUGUAUUAAUAUGUCUUAUAUCUUCCCCAUUAUUUGUCUAUUGAUUAGAUCUAAGUUUGCAUUAUCUCCACAAAAGAGAUUUGCAUUCUUUAAUGAAGAUGAAAUACAGCCAGUACUCAAUCCUAGUAAAGGAGUUCCAUAUUUUACAUUAGGCAGAUUUGGGAUGCCAUUAAAUGUUAUUGCGGUUCUUUGGGUAUGUUUAUUGAUGGUAUGGACUACUUUCCCUGUAUACUAUCCAGUUACUCCAGAUACAAUGAACUAUGCUUCGGCUGUUCUUGGAGUAACUUGUGUAAUUGGGAUUAUUCUUGGGUUUACGUGUUUGAAGAAUUAUCUGCAUAUCGUCAACUCUUCUCAUGCCUACGAUUAGCUACAUAGAUUAAUAUAAAAAGCAUUAGUAAUAGUAAUAGAAUAUUAAUAGAAU